AGAUUUUUUUUCAUUUUUGACCUCAAAAUUUUUGAGACCCGAUAGAGACCCAAUUCUCAUACCUUUUUUCCCCUUCUCCUUCUCGUCUCUCUCUUCCCUUCGCCCUAGCCGCACUCCCGUAACCACCAUCAUCCUCAGCUCCGACCACCUAACCACCAUCCUCACACCCGUUUUUCUCCGAGCCAAGCUCCAAAUCUCAGGCACCCGUGAACCCAACCCCCGAACCAAGUGACCCCAGGUGCGAGCCCACCUCUGCGUGCCUUUGACCCAGUGAUCUCAUCGUUCUUAGAUUGAGAGAACAAGAACGAGAUUGAGAGAUAAACAAGGCUAUGGAACCAGAAUCUGGGAUUUCCACUGCUCACCGCUCGACUUCUACUACUAUAGGCCAGCAAUCUUCAUGGCCGAGGAUGUCGAGGAAUUGUUACUAGCUUAUCAGAGCUUUGGUGUAGUUUACGGGGACUUGGGCACUUCACCUCUUUAUGUUUACUCAAGCACAUUUUCUGGGAAGUUACAGAAACAUAUUAGCCAAGAUGCAAUCUUUGGUGCUUUUUCAUUGAUCUUUUGGACUCUUACUCUUAUCCCUUUGCUUAAGUAUGUCUUUGUCUUACUCAGUGCUGAUGAUAAUGAUGAAGGUGGGACCUUUGCUCUUUACUCACUGCUUUGCCGCCAUGCUAAGUUUAGUUUGCUUCCCAACCAGCAAGCAGCUGAUGAAGAGCUCACUGCCUAUAAAUAUGGUCCAUCUUCUCAGCAUGCUAGUUCCUCUCCCUUGAAGAGAUUUUUGGAGACGCAUAAAAGGUUAAGGACUGCCCUUUUAGUUGUUGUGCUGUUUGGAGAAUGCAUGGUCAUUGGUGAUGGUGUCCUUACUCCUGCUAUCUCAGUUCUAUCUUCGGUUUCGGGGCUUGAAGUUACAGAAAAGAAAUUAACUAGUGGUGAACUUCUCUAGAUUGCUUGUUGCAUCUUGGUCGGUCUAUUUGCUCUGCAGCACUGUGGCACACAUAGAGUUGCCUUUUUAUUUGCACCUAUCGUAUUGAUCUUGUUAUUUUCCAUUUUUUCUAUUGGUCUCUACAACACAAUACAUUGGAACCCAAAAGUUGUUUAUGCUUUUUCACCCCAGUAUAUUGUCAAGUUCUUAAAGGAGACUGGUCAAGAUGGUUGGAUUUCUCUUGGUGGGAUUCUUCUUUCUAUAACUGGAACCGAAGCUAUGUUUACAGACCUUGGUCAUUUUACUGCUUUGUCAAUAAGGCUUGCGUUUGCUUUUGUUGUAUACCCAUGUUUGGUUGUACAAUACAUGGGUCAAGCUGCAUACUUGUCCAAAAACCCCGAUAAGAUUCAUUACAGCUUUUAUAAUUCAAUCCCUGGUCCGAAAUUCCCUCAAAUUAAAAGAUAUUAUGAAGAAAAUUCUUUUUCUGGGUAAUACUUUGAACCAAGGGACUGCAAGAGUGUGAAUGCUUCGCCAUGAAGAUAGCACAUUAAGAAUGAUUAGAAAUCGACAAAAAACACUAGAACGCUGGGAAAAGUUGAGGAAAUAUGUGAUGUACACAUGGGGCUUUAGCAUAUUAGAUGAUGACCACGACAACAAGAAAAAUGGAUCAUGUUGCAGUGGUGAUAUCCUAAAAUCUAUAAGCGGAAAAGGAUCAUCACAAAAACAUAGGCAACAGAGCAGAACAGAUUCUAAGCUGAUCUAUUCUGGUUAUAGUUGCGGUCAAGGUUGGUUCUUUACACCUUGUACAAAUGAUCCACGAUUAAGGGGACUAACAAAUAUUUUAAGGCUGCAUGUCAAAAAGGUCAAUUGCUCAGAAUGGGAGCAAAUUACUCUUCCGUCAAGUGUAAGAGCUAUUGUUGCUUUAAAUCUUCAUAACUAUGGAAGUGGACGACAUCCCUGGGGUAAUCUGAAGCCAGAUUAUUUGGAAAAGAUUAAGCAUGCCCAGCAUCUUACACCUGGGACUGCAGACUGGUUUGGUAGGGAUUAUUGCUUCAGUACAGAAUUUGGAAAUAUCUUGUCUUGAAAAGAAUUUGGAUAUGAGACUCGGGUAGUCACCAAAGAAACUAAACCUAGUCUAAUUGCAAGUCUUCUAUAUAUCAUAUUAACUGAAAAUCUAGCUUUCUAGAGACUACAGAGAUAUUGAUUACUCCUAAAUUAUUCAUGCUAUAUUAUAGGAAGAUGACAUGCUAUUUAAUUGAAACUAAUCUAGAUUUCUGAUGAACACUUAGAAUCUUGUGCAACUGGGAUAUCUAACUGAAACUAAUCUAGAUUUCUGAUGUUUUGACAAUACUAAUUAACUAAAAGCUUAUGCAGCAAUACCUGCUAGGCUGUGUGUUUUGCUUUAAUGGGCAUUGAGUGUGGUAAAUACUGUUCUUUUCCUGUGUACUGUAUUAUGUUUGUUUCUUGCCACUUUAAUGCUCUUGUCUCUUAUCAUUUGCCCAGGGUUGUUGAGAUCAUCUGCACUUUGGUCAGGAAAUUAUUUCCUAAUCCUAAUAGUGCUGCUAUAAUGGCCAUGGGUGUUUACAUCUUGGGUUCAUGGGAGGAGCUGCCAUUACAAUUGCCCUUCAACAACUCAAAGGAUUGCUUGGCAUAAAAAAGAAUUUCACAAAGAAGACAGAUAUUGUCUCUGUUUUGCGCUCAGUGUUUAAUUCAACCCACCAUGUUGUAAUAUGAUUUCUUAAGCCUAGAAUAGUAGACUAAAUAUUGUAAUUACAUUUGAGUAAUUAAUAAAAAUCUAUUU